GACGAGAUUCUUCACCGUCAUGUAAUUCUUUUACCUAUAGAAGUGUGUGUGGACUGCGCGCAUGUAUCAAACUGCAGGUUCUCACCAUGAAUGUGGAUGAAGAUGACAGCCCCGUCUGCAGCGUCUGGUCUUGUAAUCCUCCAGGAGGUGUCAGUGAACCAGGACCUUCUGAUCCACAAAAGAGGAGGAGUCCUGGUUCUGAGGUGGACCCACCGUCCUGUUCCGUGUGUCUGAAGGUCCUGACUGAUCCAGUCAGGACCAGAUGUGGACACUGGUUCUGCAGACAGUGCAUCACUUCAUACUGGGACCAGUCUGGUCCAUCAGGAGACUCCUCCUGUCCCCAAUGUGGAAAAAGAUUGAGAACCGGAACUGGACCACAGAUGGACAGGACUGUACAAGAUGAACAUAAGCUCAGUCUGAGGAGCAGAUGUGAAUGUGUGACUGAAGGAACUGAUGAAGCAGGAGGUAGAACCCGUCUAAACCGGAUCUACACUGAGCUGUACAUCACAGAGGGACAGAGUGAAGACGUUAAUACCCAACAUGAGGUGAGGACGCAGGAGACAGUUUACAAGAAGAAGAUCAUCCAUGACACACCCAUCAGGUGUCAGGACAUCUUCAAAGCCCUACCCGACCAGCAGAACCCCAUCAGAGUGGUUCUGACCAACGGCGUCGCUGGAGUUGGAAAAACCUUCUCGGUGCUGAAGUUCACUCUGGACUGGGCCGAGGGUUUAGAAAACCAGGAUGUCAGUCUGGUGGUUCUGCUGUCCUUCAGAGAGCUGAACCUGGUCAGAGAUGAGCAGUACAGUCUGCUGACGCUGCUCCAUGUUUUCCAUCCAACAUUACAGAAGGUCACAGCAGAGCAGAUCAAUGUCUGCAAACUUCUGUUCAUCUUCGACGGACUGGAUGAAAGCAGACUUUCACUGGAUUUCAACAACUGUGAAGUGGUUUCAGACGUCACACAGAAGAAACCAGUCAAUGUCCUGUUGACCAACCUCAUCAAGGGGAACCUGCUUCCAUCAGCUCUCAUCUGGAUAACUUCCAGACCUGCAGCAGCCAAUCAGAUCCCUCCUUCAUGUGUCGACAGGAUAACAGAAGUCCGAGGAUUCACCACUGAUGACCAGAAGGAGGAGUACUUCAGAAGGAGAUCCAGUGAUGAAGAUCUGUCCAAGACAAUCAUCUCACACAUCAAGAAAUCCAGGAGUCUCCACAUCAUGUGUCAAAUCCCAGUCUUCUGCUGGAUCAGUUCUAUGGUUCUGGAGCACAUGUUGACUUCAGACCAGAGAGGAGAUCUGCCCAAGACCCUGACCCACCUGUACUCACACUUCAUCAUGGUCCAGACAAAGAGGAAGAAGAAGAAGUAUGAAAAAGGACAUGAGACCAGUCCAGAAGAGCUGACAGAGGCUGACCGGGAAGUUCUUCUGAAGUUGGGUAGAUUGGCAUUUGAACAACUGGAGAAAGGAAACAUCAUGUUCUUUGAAGAAGACCUGGAGCAGUGUGGUCUGGAUGUCACAGAGGCCUUGGUUCACUCUGGGGUUUGUACAGAGAUCUUCAAAACAGAGAGAGUGAUCUUGAAGAAAACAGUCUACACCUUUGUUCAUCUGAGUGUUCAGGAGUUUCUGGCUGCAGUCUACAUCUACCACUGUUACAACACCAACAACACAGAGGUACUGAGGAGUUUUCUGGGACAAUGGGACCAUAAUUCAACCCUCAAUGUCUUCCUGAGAGAAGCCAUGAAAAAAUCCCUCAAAAGUAAAAAUGGUCACCUGGACCUUUUGGUUCGUUUCCUUCAUGGUCUUUGUCUGGAGUCCAACCAGAGAGUUUUAGGAGAUCUGCUGGGUCCAACAAAGAUCAGUCCAGAAACAAUACAGACAGUCAUCAACAUCCUGAAGAAAAUAAACACAUGGAGUAUCUCUCCUGACAGAAGCAUCAACAUCUUCCACUGUCUGACGGAAAUGAACGACCAAACGGUCCAUCAGGAGAUCCAAGAGUUCCUGAAGUCAGAGAACAGAUCAGAGAAGGAACUCUCUGCGAUCCAGUGUUCAGCUCUGGCCUACAUGCUGCAGAUAUCUGAGGAGGUUCUGGAUGAGUUGGACUUGUGGAAGUACAACACAUCAGAUGAAGGACGAUGGAGACUGAUUCCAGCUGUGAGGAACUGCCGAAAGGCUGAUCUCUCUGGGAGUCGGCUCUCGGAAACUCAUGUUGAAAUCGUGGCCUCGGCUCUGAAGUCCAGUUCUUCACAUCUCACAGAACUGGACCUGAGUUCUAACCCCAUGGAGGCUCCAGCUGUGGAGGUUCUAUGUUCUGGACUGGAGAGUCCAAACUGUAGACUGGAGACUCUGAGAUUGAGGCGCUGUGGUUUGUCAGAUGUCAGCUGUUCUUCUCUAGCCUCAGCUCUGAAGUCCAAUCCAUCACAUCUUAUGGAACUAGAUCUGAGCAGAAACGAGCUGAAGGAUUCAGGAGUGAAUCUGUUGUGUUCUUUUCUUCAGAGUCCAGACUGUAAACUACAGAUUCUGAGAUUGAUGGGCUGUGGUUUGUCAGAUGUCAGCUGUUCUUCUCUGGCCUCAGCUCUGAAGUCCAAUCCAUCACAUCUGACAGAACUAGAUCUGAGUUGGAAUGAGCUGAAGGAUUCAGGAGUGAAUCUGUUGUGUUCUUUUCUUCAGAGUCCAGACUGUAAACUACAGAUUCUGAGAUUGAGGCGCUGUGGUUUGUCAGAUGUCAGCUGUUCUUCUCUGGCCUCAUUUCUGAAGUCCAAUCCAUCACAUCUGACAGAACUAGAUCUGAGUUGGAACGAGCUGAAGGAUUCAGGAGUGAAUCUGUUGUGUUCUUUUCUUCAGAGUCCAGACUGUAAACUACAGAUUCUGAGAUUGAGACGCUGCAACUUGUCAGAUGUCAGCUGUUCUUCUCUGGCCUCAGCUCUGAAGUCCAAUCCAUCACAUCUGACGGAACUAGAUCUGAGUUGGAACGAGCUGAAGGAUUCAGGAGUGAAUCUGUUGUGUUCUUUUCUUCAGAGUCCAGACUGUAAACUACAGAUUCUGAGAUUGGAGGACUGCAGUUUUUCAGAUGUCAGCUGUUCUUGUCUGGCCUCAGCUCUGAAGUCCAAUCCAUCGCAUUUGACAGAACUAGAUCUGAGUUGGAACGACCUGAAGGAUUCAGGAGUGAAUCUGUUGUGUGAUUUCCUGCUGAGUCCAGACUGUGAACUACAGAAACUACGGGUCAAAGAUGCUCAGGGAAUACCUCAAGUAUUCACUGGAAUCCCAAUGUGUCAUCAAGUGGAAACAGAGCAGGAUACGUCAGAGUCUGGCUGUGGGGUCAAAGGUCCGUCCACAUCAGACUCAGACCUGAAGGAGGUGGAGGACGGCGGACAGGACUGUGUGGACCGAGACCCUCACCUGAAUCCUGCAGAUCCAGAGAAGCAGCAGCUUGUCUGCACAGAGGUUCAGGCUGGAGCGUCCACCUGGGAGGAGUUCACACCUGAAGUAUCAGCUGAGUCUGGACUCACUUCAUACAGGUUCAGGUGUCCUCAUUCAGGUGCCUUCCGUUGUACUUGGACUGGAUUGGUGUUCGUUGUGACUCGGGAGGCGGGGCUGGUGUACAGGACCGUCCAAUGGGAUGAGCCCCUCCUCCGGUCAGCCGGCAGGACGCCUGCAGGGCCGCUGUUCAGUAUCGACAGUCCUGAGAACGCCGUUUGUCAGCUCCACCUCCCACACUGUGAGACAAAACCCGGUCAACGCUCUAAAAGCCUGCUGUCUGUCGUCCACAUCACUGAUGAUGGAAUGGAGUUCAUUGAACCUCUGGAGAUCACAGACACUCAUGUGGUCAUCGACGUCCCACAUCUGUGUCUGUUUGGCCUCGUCUGGGGGGCUUUAAGAUGGAUGUAUCAAUACAUCAGAUCAGUCAGUGGCCAAGUUCUGCUGUUCCUCAAACCAUCAAACCCAAGAACACAAAGACAAAACCUAGACAUGUUACUCCUGCCAGUCAACGUCCCUGUGAAAGAUGUAAAGACUUUUGUGCAACAACAAUGGCCUGACGCCUUGUACAUCGAUGUAACGUCCAAAUGUGACCUCAUCACAAAUCACAAAUACAGGGUUGAAUGUCCUGACUAUCCUGACUGUCUGAUACAGCCCAAGGAAAAAAGGUUUGACCUGAACUUCUGUCCAAAUUAUCACAAAAUGUUUGAGAUCCGCCUGCCAAUAAACACAGAAGAAGUGACUUUAACGAUCCGAGAUCAAGAAAAUUCAGAUGUGUGGACGCAUAAAGUGGAUCUUCCUGGUCCUGCUGGAACUGAGGAAAAUCUACCGAGGGCUGUGCAGAACAUCUCACCAGAGGAGCAGUCGUCUACAGCUGAAACCCUCCUCCAUAUUCUGGACCAAGUGGCAGAAGAUGAUUUUAAAACCUUCAAGUUUCACCUCCAGUAUGUCGUCAGGGGCAACGUCCAGCCGAUCCCAGUCCACAGGUUGGAAAAUGCAGAGAGGACGACUGUGGUGGAUCUGAUGGUGCAGACGUAUGAGGAGUCUGGAGCUGUGGAGGUGACCAAGACGCUUUUACAGAAGAUCAGAAGGUCUGAUCUGGUGAAGAAGCUGACAGACAUCUGCUGAGGAACAGCCUCGUCCUGGUCUUUGAACAUCUGCAGACAUCAUGUGACUUCAUCCAGUUCCACUUCUACAAUCUCAGACUGGUAUUUAUAUAUCAGCCCAUGUUGGAACCACGUUCUGCUCUGAACAAUAGUUUGUGAAACCUCCCAUUUGGUUUUUCUGUGGAAUCUGCAAACCGCUGCGGUCUUCUACGUAAACAUGGACGGUGUUUGAAAAGGCUGUUUCAGUUUUCACACAUAAGGAACAGAAGAACAGAUGUGGGUGUAAAUACGGGGAUAACAGACAGGAUUGGACUGUGGUAGAACUGAACGGAAUUCUACUGCCUAGUUCACAUCUGUGUUUGUUUUGUGUGUGUGUGUGUGUGUGUGUGUGUGUGUG